UGUGGUCAUCAGCAAGAGCGCCAAAUAUGUGUGCCAGUGUGUCCAGUCCUGUCGGAUCCUAGGCUAGUGAUAAACGCAAGGUAAAAUGUCUUUGGAACCCUACCGUGAAGUUAUUUUAGACAUGGCAAAAGAGGGCCUGUCAUCCGCGGAAAUAUCUGCACGUAUUUCGCAAGAAAGUGGGGGUGGAAGAGGGUUUUCUGAAAGAAAUGUGAGGAAAUUUUGUGCUGACCAUGGCUGCAGCUUAAUGGGACUCUCCGACGCACAUUUGGAGUUAGAGGUGGCAAAAGCUAUAACCGAGACAGGACCUACAUAUGGGAGAAGAAUGAUGAAGGGGUAUCUCGCCAUGAAAGGAGUGCAUGCUGCAGAGACACGAAUUGGAUCAGUGCUCAGAACUAUGCAUCAGCCUUACCAUGAAGCAAGGCGUCAGGGUGCCCGCAAUCUCAACCCUGUACCAUAUCAUGCUGAAUACAUGGGACACAAGAUUCAUAUGGACCAGAAUGAAAAACUGGCCAUGUUUGGAGUCACCCAUGUUUUAGCCCUUGAUGGCUUCAGCAAAAAGGUUGUUGCUCAUUCUACUAUGCCAAUAAAAAACAACCUUACCAUCUAUGAAGAUGUUUUCAGGCCUGCAGUACUUGCCCAUGGUAUCUGGGACCAGGUGCGAGUCGAUCAUGGCAAGGAGUUUUAUUUGACGCUCUUCAUGCAGGAGCUGCUGUCACCUCAUCGCUACAAUCAGGAGAGAAGGCCUUAUUUACAGACUUCAUCCACAAAGAAUCAUAUAGUUGAACGAAUCUGGCCUGAAGUCAACAACCGUGUCAACUAUCCACUGAAGACAGCCUUACUGCAGUUGGAGGAUCAAGAGGAACUAGACAUGAACGAUGGCCUUGUGAGAUACUGUGUAUCCAACCUGACUGUUCAGUUGUGCCAGAUUGGUCUCACAAGACUGGUGGACUCAUGGAAUUCUCACCGCAUUCCAGGUAAAGGUGUACCAAACAACUUGGCUGGCAGUGGCUGUCCCAAAAAAAUCCCACAGGAGCUGCUGCCUCAUUCAGUUGAAGCAGCAGACCUUUACAGCCAACAGCUUGGAUCCUCAUUGACAACACAUUCUACUUUUGGAAUUGAUCCAUUUUCAACUGAACAGGACAAACUAACAGUUGAGAAUCAGUUUGCAGAGAAAUAUUCAGACAUUUCAGUCUUGUUCUCGAGAGCAGUGAACGAGGACUUCGCCCCAUACAAAGAAGCAGUGCUCUAUCUCAUAACAACAACUCAGCGCAAUGUGUGAAAAGACAUUUGCUGUAUUUGAACUUAGUAGACCUUUACAGCUGGGAUCCUCACUGACAACACAUUCUACUUUUGGAGUUGAUCUAUUUUCAACAGAACAGGACAAACUUGAGAGUUGAAAAUCAGUUUGCAGAGAAAUAUUCAGACAUUUCAGAAUUCUCUAGAGCAGUGGACAACAACAUGGCUCCAUACAAAGAGGCACUGCUCUCUCAUAACCACAACUUUAAAGAAUGUAAAUUAGUAACUAUAACAAUUAACUGGUGGCAAUGGAUGUUUGGUAAAGAUAAAUGUUAAUCUCACUAAAACAGUGAACAGUAAUAUGAUGUCAUCCAGCCCAAACAUGUAAAUGAAUUCACAUUACUAGUACAAGAACUCUGACCCAAAUACAACAGAACACAACAUGCCUACAGUAUUUGAGUAUGAAAGUGCAAAAUGUUACUCCUCUUCAAAAAGGGAUCUCAGAACAGAAAAUGCCUCUGACAGACCAUUAACUUCAAAUAUGUUGCUGCCUUCGGUGUUCCCUCUACAUUUUGCACAAUGCACAGAGGUCAACUGCCACUGUUCCACACAUGUUUUGCAGCCAAUAAUGCUUCGGCAACACUCUGUGAAGACUGGCUCAUCGAUGAACUCUGAAACAUAAAAAGAGAAAAACUA